AUGAUCGCUAAGCUCCUUCUCGCCGUCUCCCUGGUUUACGUCGCUUCGGCCGACACAUGCAUCCACUGCAUUUGCCUCCACGAGUCUGGAUGCAAGCCUGUUGGCUGUGAGAUGGACGUCGGAUCAUUGUCAUGCGGUUACUACCAGAUCAAACUGCCAUACUACGAGGACUGCGGCACGCCUGGCCGUAAGAAUGGCGAAGACGUCACAACCGCAUGGAAGAGAUGCGCUGACGACUACGACUGCUCAACUCAAUGCGUCAAU